GCCUACUCAACUUGCGCGGUUCCAGUCCUAUCUCACCUUCGACAAACGUGACUAUGACGGCGCUAUAUCUAGCAUUUUGAAGCUGCGGCGUUCCAUGUCAACCGCAAAUUCCCUGGUAUAGAUGCGGCAGUCAGCCCAUGAACAGGUGGCUUGCGCCGAUUUUUGUGGCCAGAAGACGUCACUACAUGGCUACUGGGCGGUUGAACUUCCAUCACAGCUUACUCGCACGUUUUUGAGCGUGGUUCUCGCUCCUGGCAGUAUGGGGCAAAGCUUCGUCCCUGGAAGAAGCGGCGCGUCACCUAUCAUGCACCACACUCAAACUCCUGCUCCUGAAUGAGGACAGGCAUUUGUAACCCCGGUGUCAGUUCGUUGAUGCAGAAGCAAACUAGACAGCGAAAGUGUUCAGGCAAGCCAUCAGGCGGUCGCACACUAUAAGGACAUUCUCUCCAUCGGAUAUGGCGCUAGCUCGUCGAAGUAAUAGCCAUUCCGUAAGAACACUCGGCGCUUCCCGCAAGGUUCCACAAAUCGCGGACAAGAUCAGAAGAGCCAGUCAGGUGAGGUCGUAUCGACGUCUUAUCACGGACGCUGGACAGGACUUUAGGCUGUAUAUAAGUAGUCAAGCAAUGGAGCUGUCCCGCCCGCUCCUUAGGACUAUCCGUAGCAGCAAUGCUGACAUCCGUUGUUGGAGAUGCCGUUCCCUCCCCAGGAUCCCUGCUGCUCGUCAUGCUGGUCUUGGCAGUCUUGUGGACGCGAAGACGACCCGCUGUGCCACUUCUUCCCUUACCUCCCGGUCCACAUUCCCUCCCCUUGAUUGGGAAUUUACUUGACAUGCCCACAAAGGACAUGGCCCCGACCUUUCUGGAGAUGAGUCAGGAACACGGUGACAUCGUAUCUCUCAAUGUUCUAGGCGGGACAACUGUCGUACUCGGAUCCUACGAUGCUGCAGUGGCACUGCUAGAGUCCCGCUCUGCCCACACGUCCGAUAGACCGCGUCUUGUGAUGGCAGAACUUGCCGGCGUUAUGUGGGAGUUCGCUGUGAAGCGAUACGCCCCCACCUGGCGCAGCUACCGGAGGACGUUCCACCGGUUCUUUCACCGGGGCGCAGUGCAGGAGUACUAUUCUAUACAUCUUCGAGAGUGUAAGAAACUCCUGAGCGCACUGCUAGAUGCUCCCGAGGAUUUCCUUGCCCACACCCAUCGGGUGAUAGGAGGUUCAGUGAUGAAUACGAUAUACGGCAUCGAUGUGACAGGCGACCACAACAAGUACGUCGCUAUUGCGGAGAAGGGUGCUAGGAUCUUCAGCGAGAUCACGGCACCUGGACGUUUUAUCGUUGAGCUCCUCCCAUGGUUGGCCCACAUCCCGACGUGGUUCCCUGGGGCUCACUUCAAGAGGAUCGCGAGAGUAUGGAAGGAAGACAUUCUUGCUGUCCGAAACGUCGCCUUCGACGCUGUAGUGGAGAGCAUGGCUCAGGGCCGGGCUCGUCCGUGUAUGACGCAUUCCCUGAUGGAGCGCUCCGGGAUAGGAGGAGAGGCGAAUAUCUCUUCGUGCGACGAAGAGCACUACAGAGACGUCACAGGCGUAGCCUACGUAGCUGGAGUGGACACGACGUACGCUUUGAUGACAGCAUUCUUCCUCGCAUUGGCCAAGUUCCCAGAAACUCAGCGUCGCGCUCAGGCUGAGCUGGACGCAGUUGUCGGUCAAGACCGACUCCCCGACUUUUCGGACCGCGACUCAUUGCCCUACGUGAACGCCAUUUUGAAGGAAUGCGUGCGCUGGCAUAGCAUCCUGCCUCUUGGCCUCCCUCACGCCACCACUCACGAGGAGAUAUACGACGGCUAUCGGAUACCUGCUGGAUCCAUUCUCGUACCUAACGCCUGGGCGAUGGCUCAGGAUCCAGUGGCAUACCCCAAUCCUGAGAGAUUCAUGCCGGAACGCUUCUUGAAGAACGGCCAGCUCGAUCCCGAUGUGAGAGAUCCAUUCAAGUUCCAAUUUGGAUUCGGACGCAGAAUGUGCCCGGGAAGACACUUCGCUCUCGAUUCUGCCUUCCUCAUGAUCGCGUCAAUCCUUCAUGUCUUCACCGUCGAGCCCCCUGUAAAUGACGACGGCUCAGUUGCGAUAGUCGAUCCUCGGAUUCCUUUCGAUUCUGCAUUAUCACGUCCCGAGCCAUUCGCAUGCCGUAUCGUUCCACGCUCCCUAGCCGCAGAAGCUCUCAUCAGAGCUCCGAGCCUGGACAAUGUCAUCUGA